AUUGGCACCUCAAGAAGCAUAUGUACAGAUACAAAUACUGGCAAACAAUGUACAACACAUCUCAAAUUCAUGUGCGAAUCAGGUAUGAUUAACGGGGGAAGAUGUAUCUUGGAUGCCGUGCAAAGGCAGGAACUCUUGCGAGUGCGAUUGCCUUCUCAAUUUUCUACUGGAGACCUUGGAUUUGGUUUCUGUCGUUGAGCCUGGAGUCCUUUCUUUCACAUCCCUUUGAUUCGUUUCUUACCUUCUCGUCUCUUUCCACCCCUCUCCUGCCUGCUCAUCCAACUCACGCUAUCUCAAGACAGAUUUCAAUUUCUUCAAAAAGGCAACACACCGCCUUACUCAGCCAUAUUUCCUCCUCUAACCCAACGCCCGACUUCCCUUCCUCAAUCCCACCAGCCGCCAUCAUGUUCCGCCGUCGCUGGGAUGGUCUUCCCAAAGACCCUAUCUUCUCAUCUAACUUGAAGGACCUCGGCUAUUUCAUCAACGAUCAAGAUGAGAUCCGCAACAUCAAGGAACCUAAUUACUACUUCAAGUACUACCUCACCAAGAAC